AUGGCGGAACUCUUAGAGGAUUUAUUAAAAUAAAAAAGGGACAACUUUAGAGUUGAAAUAAGAAGAAAGGCCACUGAAGAGCUUUUUAGGCAAAAAAGAAGAAUGCUAACUAAUAAUGAUCAAACUGAGUUGACUGAUGAAAAAGUACAUCUAUGGUACAAGAAUUUAGUGAACUAAAAUUAUGAGGAAACUUUAGAUGAAAUUAUAAAUUACGUAAAGACCUCAAAUGCUGAAUUUAGUUUAGGAUUAAUUAACAAACAUGAAAUAUAUCCAUUAUUGUUAAAUAUUUGGUAUAAGCAAGAAUUAGAUUACAGUAUUAUUUAAAAGUUGCUUUUUAUAUUUGCAGAUUUGCAUUUCUAUAAUGUCUUUGAUGAUUUGAAGUUUUUACAAAAUGAAUCUAUUAUGAGAAAAUUGUUCGACUUGUUACAAAUGGCAUCGUAAAAGAUUCAAUCUCUAAUAUUCUUUUUAUUAGCUAAUCUAGUUGGUAUGGAUAAUGGAAUCAAAGCUAGACAAUUGGCAGAUUAUAGAUUUUGUUCUUUUAUCAGAAAAUUGUGGAUAUAGAAACUAAUUCACUUCGAAGUUGAAAAUAUCAAAGAUUUCUGUUGGUUCUUAAGCAAUUUUUUUAAAUAUGAUCCAAGCAAUGUGGCUGGUUUUACUUUGAGUGAAGUAUAUUGUCUUUAAUUUAUAAAGGUAAAAGAGAUUGUGCCAAUCGUAUUAGAAUGCAUCGAUUAAAAUGAUAAGGAAAUAAGAUCAUAUUCCUUAAUGACUCUAAAAUAUAUGUGUUAAGCCAAAGAAGAAGUAUAUUCGAUGAUCCUCAAAGAACUCAAGGUCUUUAACAAUUUAAUGAAUUUGCAGCUGGUAAGUGCUGAUGAAGACGUGUAAUUGUUGACAACUGAAAUCAUAGCAUCAUUUGCUCUGGCAGAUGAUGAAAUAACUGCAUAGUUGGUGAAUGAGUUCAAAAUCUUAGAUUUCUUUUUAUAAAUCUACAUCCAACAAGGCAGAAACAAAUAGAGAGAAUUCAAAAAAAUAAUAUUAUGGGGAUUGACUAACUUAUGCUCCAAUAAAAAUGUAGAAGUCUUAUAAACUAUAAUAAAACACAACCUUAUUAGAGUUAUGGAAAUGGAUGAAAAUGAAACUGAAAUUAUCAAAGAUAUUCUGGAAGUUAUUAGAUCUCUUUCACAAUUACAAAAUACAGAUUUACUUGAGUAUGUACUAAUGAGUAGAAAUUUUGUUGAUAUUGUUAUGAAUCAGCUCAAAUUAAAGACAUCAAAAGCUAUUGUUUUGACUUGUUUAGAUAUUGUAUAUAACUUUGCCUAUCGAAUUGGCCAAAAUACAUAAAGCGAUGUCAAUAGAGCAAUUUCAACCUUUAUUUCGAAAGGCUUUGAUACUAUACUUAAUCAAUUUGAUUUAGAUUCUGAUCCUGACAUCAAUCUUUAAGCUCAAAGAAUAGCAGAAGCUUUCCUUUAAUGA